AUGUAUGAAUUAAAUAAUAUAGAAGGAAAUGGAAAAGAUGCUGCUGCUGCUGACUAUUCUUCAACAAAAUAUACUUCAUUAGAAUCUUCGCCGUCAAAUAUAUCAACCAAACGUUCUGUAAAAUUGAAUCCUCCAUUAUGGAACACGUUGGAAUUUUAUAUUCAUUUCUUUAUCGUAAUCACUUCCAUUAUGUAUAUGUUUUAUGUAGGAUAUCAUAUAAGUAAAGAAACGAAUCCAAAUUAUGAUAGAUAUUCUAAAAGAUUAGAAAAUGGAUGGUUCUUUGGACGUAAAGAUAACAGUGACGCACAAUUUGCAUCAUUUCGAAAUCAUUAUGGAGUCUUACUAUUAGCUUUAAUAUCUUAUUUAUUUCUUUCCCAUUUAUAUCGAAUAUAUUUUGUACCAAAGUCCCCUGCGAAAUUAUCAACGCAACCACUUCGCAGAACCUAUUUUUUCCUGUCAUUUGCAUUAAUAUUCCUUUAUAUUCUUUAUGGAAAUAGUUUAAUUAAAAUAUUGAUUAUCUUGAGUAUUAAUUUUUUAAUUCCAGUGACAUUGCAAGGAUCAAAGUUGAAUCCUAUCAUUACUUGGAUCUUUAAUUUGGCUGUUUUAUUUGCUAAUGAAAGAUAUGACGCGUAUAAAUUUAAAUGGAUUAAUGAAAACCUCACAUUUUUGGAUGCUAACGUAGGAUUAUUAGCUCGAUGGGAUGUCACAUUUAACAUUUGCAUGUUACGUAUGGUGUCAUUUAAUAUGGACUAUUAUUGGUCAUAUCAUCCCUCACCAGAUUCGACUGAGGUAAUCUUGGGAGAUUCAUAUGUAAAUAAUGAUUGUUUUCUUCUUUGGGCAUCACGAGACAACAAACUCAAUUUAGAUCAUGCCCCAUUAACGGAAAAAGAUAGAAUUAUAGGAUCAUGUUUUAAAGAGGAUUACAAUUAUAUUAAUUUUUUAAGUUAUAUAUUGUAUACGCCUUUAUUUCUUGCUGGACCCAUCAUCUCUUUUAAUAAUUUCAUUUCUCAGUUGAGGUAUCCAAAAGAAAUUGACAUUAAAUCAACAUUCAUUUAUGGAGUUAGAUUAUUAGCGGCUAUACUUACGAUGGAAAUAAUGUUACAUUUUAUUUAUGUUGUAGCUAUAAGUAAAUCAAGAGCAUGGAUGGGUUUUACUCCUUUUGAAUUAAGUAUGGUUGGAUUUUUCAAUCUAAAAUAUAUUUGGUUAAAAUUGUUGAUUAUAUGGAGAUUUUUUAGAUUUUGGGCGAUGGCCGAUGGAUUCGAAGUACAAGAGAAUAUGUUGAGAUGCAUGUUAAAUAACUAUUCUACAUCGGGAUUUUGGAGAAGUUGGCACAGAAGUUACAAUAGGUGGCUUAUUAGAUAUAUUUAUAUUCCACUUGGAGGGGCAAAAUAUUCAACAUAUAAUAUGUUGAUAAUAUUUACAUUUGUCGCAUUAUGGCAUGAUAUAUCAUUAAAAUUAUUAGCAUGGGGUUGGCUAAUCUGGAUAUUUAUUUUGCCUGAAACUAUAGUUACUAGGAUAUUCACCGAAAAGAGGUUUGGAGAUUACCCAUAUUAUAGACAUUUAUGUGCAGUUGGUGGUGUAUUAAAUUUACUCACCAUGUGGGCUGCAAAUUUGGUCGGAUUUGCCGUUGGUUUAGAUGGUAUGAAAGUAUUGUUAAGUGAUAUUUUUAGAACAUCUGAUGGUCUUAUAUCACUCGGUUUAUGUUGCAUUUCUAUAUUUUGUGCUGUACAAAUAAUGUUUGAAAUCCGAGAAGAGGAGAAAAGAAAGAACUUUAACCAAGAGAUUAGAUAUUAA